AUGUCACCUAAGGUGGUGAAGUUUGUGGUGGUACCUGCGACUGCAGUCCUGGGAAUAGCGUCCUUUCGAGUGCACGCUGUGGGAGAAACGAACGUGGACAGACUACUGACUCAUCAACAGCUGUCCAUCUACACGCCACUGCCAUUGUCACAGCCGUUCCUGUAUGUAGACGAGAAGCCAGGCUCCCUCCAGAGUGGCCUGGGCGCCGUACGGACACAGCUCCAGUCCUACCUGCGAGCUGUCAAGGUAACUAACAGUCUGCACUCCCUAUUGCUCCCAUCACCCCCAACUUUACCCCCCACCCCCAUCCCAUCCCGUCUUCAGAGUUCUCUACUGGCUGUGAAAGUGACAGCUGUGAAUCUUUACAACACUGGAGAAGAUGUGUACUACUACCUCAGGGACCCUCCUCCAGGGUUCUUGCCCAGGGCAGGCUUCAUCACGGGGGCAGGCCUGACUGGUUUGGUGCUGGCAAGGAAGGGCUCGCGUCUGAGGAGGCUGAUGCUGCCGCUGCUUCUGGCCUCUCUGGGGGCUGGCAUCUCCUACCCUGCCCAGGCUCUGGCCGUUCUCAAGGUGAGCGGCAGGCAGGCCUGGGCUGCAUCACAGUGGAGCGCCUCGGCCGUGAGCUCUCUGUGGCCAGCGAAGGAGCCGUCGCCUGCGCUCCCCACACCUCCUCCAUCCACACCUCCUCCUCCAUCCACACCUCCUCCGCCUCCACGCUCGGCGUCAACACCGCCUGCAGACUCACACCCUUCACAGUCCAGUGACCCAGAGCCCAUGGUUCCACCUGUGGCGGCAGCCAUCCCAGUACCUGACCCAGAGCCCGCCACAGCAGACCCAUACCCUGCUCCUGCUACUGCUCCUGCCCCUCCAGCGCUCCCCUGCCAUCCCCAGCUGCCUGAGAUAGGCCUCUCUGCACCCACAUCCGCGCCUGACAUCUCAGAGGAGACACUGCCAGAGGGGGAGCCCCAGCCCUCUCUAACCUUUACCCCAGCCGAGUGCAGCACGCCUGGGGAUGAGGCAGCUGAGGAACGCUCCCCUGCUGGGAAGAAGAGCCUCUCAGUCGACCCCCAGCUCAUGGACUUUGGACAGUCCAACCCCGAGGAUGACGACCUCUACACCACACGCGGCUGAACAUAACAACGUCGGAAAACACACAGACACCCACACAUACAUGCAUACAUACACACAUUCACAAACACACACACAGACCACAACACGCGCAACAACACAGAUUGGCUCUCUGUGUUACCGCCCUAUUACGUAGACUAAGGGUCACAUCUAGAAGCUUGACAUCCAUUUGUAACAGUGCCAAAGAAUGUGCAAACAUGACACCUACACACACACACAGCCACGCACACACACACACACACACACACACACACACACACACACAC